UACUUCAUUUACAACAACAAUCACCUUGCUUACAGGAUCGAUGUCUUUACUUUAUCUGUUUGUCUGAAGUGUUGUUUGGCUUAUCUCUCAAUUUCUUUUGACAGUUUUGUUGUAAUUAUUGUUUUGAAAAUGCUAAUGCCAAGUGUAUUGACCUCCACUCACCACAUCCAUUGAAUUCCCGAGAUUGUAGGAGAACCUGUGGUUUCUGAAAAUCCAUUCAGUCGGGGAAGAGUAAUAACACAGAGAAACGCUCUGCGGGAGGGAGAUACAUGUAGAAAUGACUUAAUACCGGUACAGAGGGUGAAUUUGGCCACUACCUGCCGCGGUAACCAAAGCCAAGGAUGCAGAGUGCCGGUGGAGUGACUGUGUUUUGUUUGGUUAUUUUGGGCUUUGUGCAAGCUUCUCAAGAUCAGGAAGGUCUGAAACUGCGAGCCCUGGAGCAGAAACUGUUGAAGAUCAUACAAGACGAGUUUCCAGAAUUCUCUGAAUCCUCGGGACUUUCCUCCAACGACGGACGGGCGGAGUCCUACACAUUCCAGAGGUUCGAGAGACGAAACAACCGGAAUAUACAGCUCCUGCAGCAGCUGGAAAAUAUAGACAGAAACCAACUGAGCCGGGAUGAACUGAAUGAUUGGAAAAUACUGCGCUAUCACGUCCAAACUAUAUUGAAAGGCUAUAAAUUCAGAGAAUGGGGACAUCUAAACCCGAUCAAUUUCCUCGAGGCACCUUUGAAGCACCGCGACUGGAUUACAAAGAAGACGACACAAGACCGAGAGAAAUAUGUUUUACGACUUCAAGCCAUUCCACAGCAAAUUGAAGAGCAAAUUUCACUCAUGAGAAGAGCCAUCAAACUGAACAGGACCAACCAUUUCAUAUCUAUGAACGGGACUCUAGAGAGCAUAUGGAGCGACGUGUUCCUCGUAUACCAACACCAGAAUCGGAAAAGCGUGAAUGGCUCUUCGCAAGACUCUCAGAGCAACCUUCUGGAGACUUGGAACCUCAGUACAGACAAACUGGCCGAGUCAUUGAUGAAUCUUCAGACUUUUAUUAGCACGGAAUAUUUUCCGGCGACACGUCCCGACAUCGGGGUCCAUUCCAUGCCGGGGGGUCAGGAGUACUACCAGGCCUGUCUGGACUACCACUUAGGGACCCACCUCACCCCCUCACAAAUACACAGCCUGGGGUACCGGGAGGUGGAGCGGUUAGAAGGACUCAUGAGAAAGAUUAUGCUGCAGCAUGGAUUUACCGGGAAAAUGUCCGAAUUCCUCCAAUUUUGGCAAACGAAAAACCGCCAACUAGACAAAAAGUGGAACAUUUACCAGGUAUACAGGGGCGUCAUUGACCGCGCGCGCGACUCGCUGUGGCGGGUCUUCCACAGAAUUCCACUGACACCUUUACGAAUCGAGUUAUUCAACAAUUCCAGAGUUCCGGCAAGAGGCCAUUACACCAAAAAUGUGUUCUACCUAAAUACAUUCUAUGGGAAUAGGACCAAUUCUAAUGUCCUUCCACUGGCUGUUCACGAGACCUACCCAGGACACCAUUUCCAGGAAUGUUACAAGAGGCAGCAGAAUCUACCGCUGUACCGGCAGUAUCCGUUAUACCGGCGGAGGUUCGCAAUACCGUUCACAUACCCAACCUAUGCAGCAUAUUCAGAGGGCUGGGCACUGUAUGCGGAACAUUUAGGAAUAGAAUUAGGCUUCUAUGAGACUCCUGUCGACAUGUUUCAAAAAUAUAUGUCGGAAAUAUUCAGGGCUUGUCGCUUGGUAGUGGACACGGGUAUCCAUGCUUUUGGAUGGACAAAAGAAAGGGCUAUCAAGUUUAUAAAAAAAUAUACAAACGCGCCAACAGGAGAAGUUGCUAGGGAGAUAGAUAGGUAUAUUACGUGGCCUGGACAAGCAUGUGCUUAUAAAGUAGGGGAGUUGAAAAUCAGGGAACUUCGCCAACGGGCAGAAACUGUUUUAGGUGACAAGUUCAAUGUCAAAGACUUCCAUCACCAAAUACUAAAGCUAGGACCUAUUGGGCUUGAUAUCCUGGAGGAAAUCAUCAAUGAUUGGAUAGCCAGUGCCACGCCCCUAGUGGCACCCAACCCAAACCCAAUACUCUCGCCUCACACCUCAUCGGCAACAGAACAAACCACUGCAUCUUGUUUGUUUCAUAUAUCACUGUUUUUGUCCCUCGUAGUUCAUUUGUUAUGUAGGCGACUUUAACGUCUAUCAUUGUUAUGUAGAGGGUUAUUUUUGUAUUGAAUGUUGUUAUUAUUCAUUUUGGAAUAUGUCAAUGUGGGUAUGCAUUCAUUUUAGAUUUUGUUCAUCUUUUAAAUGUUGCAGCAGUCGUUUGCAGAUUGAGUAGAAGCUUUCAUUUUUAUACGCAUGUAUUUUUAAAUUUAGAUAAAUGAAUUCAGAAAUGUUUACUUUUUUGAUAGUCUUAUUGUAUAGCUGUUUAUUUUGUGCUCAAAUAAAACCAUAAUAUUGCCUUCCUAUGCUGUGAAUGUAAUUUAGGGUGCUCUGAAUUAUUAUACAGAGAAAUUUCAACGUUUAAGGAAUAAUAUGUGAAAAACUAGUAGCUUGAUUGAAAAAGAUAUAAAAGAAUGGUGUUUUUGUUGCAGGGGUUUUGCUAUUGGCUGCUAAGCAUUUAUAUUAAAUGUCGGUCUUAUGAUGCCUCUUUAUUUAUUAACUCAAGUCGAGAUGUACAGUUCUAAUUUAUUGUAAUCUACAAAGCAGAUUUGUAUUGACUCUGUAAUAUAUAUAGAUAUCUUUCAUGUACCUAUAUAAUGACUGUGUUAUAAUCCACGUCAUGGAAAACACUUAUCAAAUAAACAAGUGUUAUUUUC